GGUCAGCCCGGGCUCCUCCGGAGCCGAGACCGGACCCGGAGCCGCGCAGCGGCCGCGGCGCGCCGCGCUUCGCGGAGGCCGCGGGGACCUCGGAGGAGCGGCGCUGGCGACAGGCGGAGGCGCAGAUGCAGCAAGAGGCCGAAGAGGUCAUGGGCCGAUCUGCAGAGUACGCCGAGGAGGUCCUUCGGAGGAGAUACGAGCAGCAGAAGGCCUCGCUCCAGGAGCUGCUGAAGCAGGCGCAAGAGCGCAAGCGAAGAGAGGGCGAGGCCAUGAACGAGAAGUUGCGCGACUGGAGUCGGAAGCAGAAGGAGUUCGAAGGAGCUCCGGGAGCUCCCAAAGGGUCGGAAGCAAAGGGACCGGAGCCUCCAAGCGAGUCGAAGGACUUUGCAGGACGAGGCCCCUUGAGCCAAAGCCAGGAGUGCUCGGAAGUGCCAGAAGCCACAAACGGCACCAUCUCAGAGGCUGCGACGGGUGGGCCUCUUCCGAGAGGAGUCCUAGAUCCCACGAAGGCCGCAAGGAAGGAUUUGGGCGAAUGCCAGGGAUGUUGCGAAGAUUUCAUCGGAGACAUCCCAGCAACGCCCAUCUCCCGGAGACGGCGGUCCCGUCGCACGGAGUCCCAGGGCUCGAGGAGACGGAGGCGCGGCCAUAGGGGCCAGGAGGCACAGAAAGUCGCUGCGGGGCCCCUUCCGAGGCCUCACUCUGUGGAGGCUUCCGGAAGGUCUUCGCAGCAGGGGCCUGUCGACAAAGACGAGGCACCAGCGGCCGCUAUCGUUUCGGAGGGCCUCAGGCCAGCCGUGUGGCGAUGGUAUUUGCUCUUCCGGCUCCUGCUGCUUUUGCGGGACCGCGGCCGGGCGAAGGCUCAGCUGGGCGGCGCGAUGAGGCGUUUGGCAUCGCAGUGGUCGCGUCUUGUGGAGGGCCUUCUGCGCCGUUCGCGCGGUCCCCUGGAAGAGCGCGCCAGGCUGGCGAGGAGGGAGUGCGUGCUGGAGCAGUGGGCCUCCCUCUGUGUGGCCUUGCAGGGCCGAGCACGGUCGCAG